AUGUAUUCAAAACGACAACAAUUACCAUUGACAAUAUCUAAUUGGAUAGACAAAGAUGUUAAAGUAAAAAAAUUUACACCUAAUUUAGGUUCUAUGUCAAUAGAUGCUAGACAAAAUGUUAUGUUAAGUCGACAAUUUUUUUCUAAUAUGACUAAUUUAUCAUAUGAACGUAAUCGUAAAAUUACUCGAUGUGAUUUUGAAAAAAAUAAAUUUCUUAAAAAUCAACGAAUAAAAGCCGAAACAAUUAUGCCUGGUCUUUUACCAUAUAUUGAACCAUUAAUAAAUGAUUUAUCUCAAGAUACAUCAUCGAAAAGUACAUUUAAUAAAAAUGAACCAUUUAUAAGUUCAUCAUUUCAAUCACUUACAUCAUCAUCAUCAUCAAAUAUUAAAUCCGAAUUAACAUUUUCACGAGAACAAUCAAUUAAAAAAACUAAAAUGCCACAAAUAAAUACAACAAAAUUUUCUAAUCGACAACAAAAAUCAUCUGAACGAAUAUAUGGUUUAAGUCAAAUAACAAAUAAUCAUCGUAAUUCAAUAAAACAAAAUCAUGUUCGUUCAAAUACUCUUGUACCAUUAACUGUUCAUGAUCUAUUUGGUGAUUUCAAUGAUGAUUCUAGUUAUGAAUCUUUUUUUCCUGAAAAACCUAAAAGUGCAGCAAAAGAUCGACGUUUUGAUCGAUUAAUUCAUUUAUUUUCGGAUGUAUAUGAAUAUAAAUCAAAAAAUUAUCGAACAGUUAAAAGUAUAAUUCAAUCAAAUCCAGCUUUACAAAAUGAUAAAAAACAACAACAACAACAACCAAUAUCAGAUUCAGUUGAAAUUAAAAAUCAUCAACAAAUACUUCCUGAUGAAUCUUAUAGUAAAACAGACAUGGAUUUAAUGGAUGUAGUUGCAUAA